AUGCGGGACGAGCCGCCGCCCCUUCCCUCCCGCGAGAUGCGGGGCCGCGCCAGGAGCCGCCACCGCCCCCCAGGGGAACAGCCCGGCAGCCCCGCAGCCGCAGCCCCGCAGCCGGGCAAGCCCCGCAGCCGGCAACGCCCCGCAGCGGCAGCCCCGCAGCCGCCAGCCCCGCAGCCGGCCAGCCCCGCAGCCCGGCAGCCCCGCAGCCGCAGCCCCGGCAGCCGCAGCCCCGCAGCCGGCAGCCCGCAGCCGGCAAGCCCCGAGUCUCGCGAGAAGCGCCGCGCCGCGCCGCCGCCGCCAUGGAGCCGCGCUGCAGGGCCGCCCGGGGCUGUCGCCCGUGCUGGCGGACCGAGAACGGCCGCGUUCGGUGAGGGAGAAGGAGCGAAGGAGCUCCGGUCGCGGUGGCUCCCGGCGACGCCUCUUUUGCGGCCGCUGCCUGAUGCGCUUUCGUUCUGCCCGCAGAGCACGGACUGGUCCGAGCCCUGGCUGCUGGGGCUGGCCGCCUUCCACCUCUUGUGCUUCCUCCUGACGUGCGCGUCCCUGCAGCACCGCCGGGUGCAGGUCGGGCACUUCCUCUGCAUGGUGGGCUUAGUGUACUGUGCUGAAUAUAUCAAUGAAUUAGCAGCCAUGAAUUGGAGAUUGUUUUCUAAAUACCAAUACUUUGAUUCAAGAGGAAUGUUUAUUUCGCUUGUAUUUUCAGCGCCACUGCUGGUGAAUACAGUUAUAAUUGUGGUCAGCUGGGUUUACAGAACUUUGAAUGUAAUGACUGAACUAAAGAUGCUACAACAGAGAAGGAAAGCGGAAAAAGAGAAAAAGAAGUGAAAGCACCUUACGCUAUUUUUUUCAGUUAUAACAGUGCUUGUCUGGGUAAUCAGUCCUUCUGUAUGAUUAUUCAGAAACAGAGAUACUUUUAGGUCUGAUGUCAAGAGGACUUUAUAACAUGUGCCUGUGGACAAGGUGAAAGCAGGUACCUACAAUACAUUUGAAUUGACUGUGAACUUGAGAAACCAAUCAACUGGUUUUUGUGCCCCUCAUUGUAAGAUACUUUUCUACUAAGACCGAGGUGAUUUGCGUUUGUGAUUUUUAACUGUAUCUUAACUCUGUGUUUAUGAAGUAUCCAUUCUUCUGCUGCUUAAGCCAAUUGGAGAAGUGUUCUGAAUUACAGUAAAUGAGAGAUUGUAUUCAGAA